AUGUCGCUAGCGGACGUGGAGGAGAAAGAAGGCACAGAUGCAGGCAAGUGCUUCGGAAAAUUCCCAUACACCUUAAUGGAAGAAGCGUACAUUUAUGAUUUAUUAAAAAGAAAAGAGGGCGGAGGAAUCUACGAAAGCAACGACAAGGUGAUCCACUUCACCAACGAUGGCUCCUCUGGCUUUUCAGCGUCGUCGUCGUCGUCGUCCUCCUCCUCCUCCUCCUCUUUUCCCUUCUGCUCGAAGUGCCGCAAAGCUAUGCGUGAAGGCGGUGUUGUCGCCUGCUGCCUUGACUGCUUCCUAGAAGGAAAUAAUCUUCACCUCUUCGCCUACUCGGUGCCUGAGUGGUUCUGGACACUGACCAAUAUUGGUGUUCAAGACACCAGCUCCGUGUUACCUGAAGAGCACCCCGAGAAGGUCUUGUACGUCGCCAACGACCUGCUUGACCACGGCGACUUCGGCACUUAUGACCUUGCGCUCAAUAACUGCUUCGACUUCGCCUUUUACUGCAAGACAGGACGCCGUUAUCGUUUAUCAGGUGAGGCGCUUCUUGACCCCUCAAUGUCUCCGCGAGACGUGCGCCCCCCAAGGGCAUGUACAAUCAUGUAG